AUCUGGCAACACUUAUUUCAGUUUUUGAAUUAUUGUUUACGUUCGGAAGAUGCUUGUGUGAAGCUGAAUUUAAAUUGUUGAAGUCAGGGACAGAAUUUGAAAGAAUAAGAACAUACCGUGGAAACUUUUUGAAUAAGUUGGGAGAAAUAAUGAGUUUACUUUCGGUUCUUAGAAUUUUUCUGUCUUCAUUGGAAGCUGUUGCGAAUUUAAUUAUAUUUAUUCUACAAAAGAAUACAGAGAUUGUAGAUAUGAUUGUUAAAACUAUUGCUUUUAUAUGCCAUAGUAUUGCAGAUUACCUUAUGUCAGUUAUCAAGAUUUUUCUACUUAUUUUACAAAAUUUUAUGCAGUUUGCCAUAGAAUUAUCUCAUGCAUUAAUUCUCAUAUUUCAAACUAUAUUACAUGGUAUAAAUAAUAUAAUAAUAACUAUUAAUAUUUCUUUGGAGAUGAUGUUUAAUAUUAUCUUCAUUAUAUUUUCAUUUGUUUUUGCAGCAUUUAAGAGUUUGUUCAUUUAUGUUUUUAUUUUGUUUGACAUGUUAAAAUCAGUUAUUGUUCUUAUAUUUUCUUCAAUUGGUCUUUUUAUAAAAUCUCUGCCAAUAUUUUGUGUAUCACUAUACAGACAUAGUUUCUCGUUAUGUUUAAGUGCCAUAAAUUAUUUUACUAAUAUAAUUUUAUGUGCUUUUAAAAGUAUUUACUGCUCAGUUGGACAAUUAGUGAAAUCUACUGUAAAGUUUAUACAAGAAAUUCCAACAGAUAUAUACUUGGGAACGUUUAUACUAUUUGUGCUUUAUGCUGGAGGAAUGGUGGUGUGGAAAUAUGAUUUGGUGCGAUACAUUACUAUGUUGCCUCAAAGAAUCCAUAUUUUAUUUCAUUUUCCAAUUAGAAAUUUUUAUCACUAUUUUCGUCAGUUAUUUUCUCCAGUUUUUAAUUAUAAUAUAAAUGUGCAACAAGGAUUUAAUCAUAUGCUGCCAACUGAUAAUGGAGGAUUUAGUGGAGGCAAUUUUACAAUAGGUAAUCAGAAUGAAACUAGAAAUGAUAUAAAUAAUUUUAAAAAUAAAUUUAAAAAUUUAAGGAGGAAAUCAUUGAAAUCUGAUAGAUUUGGUAAAAAAAGAAAUGUUUUAUCUUUUGAUGAUGAUAGCAGUGAAGAGGAAGCUGAAAUGAUGGCAGAAUUAUUUCGAACUGAAUUAGAUAAAGAGCGAGAUAAACAGUUGUGUGUUGUUUGCCAAGUAAAGUCAAAGAACGUUAUAUUGUUACCUUGUCGUCAUCUUUGUAUUUGUGAGGAAUGCCAUUCGAAUUUACAAAGAGGGCAUUCAAACAAAUGUCCAUUAUGUAGAAAAUCAAUUCAAAAAAGUAUUACUGUUUAUUUAUAAAAACUACAAAACUUGAAGAUUUUGAUGAAAGUUUAAAAUAUCCUUUGUUUAGAACAAAGUAGUCAUAAAGAAAUGAAAUACAUCAUAUAACAAUAUAUGAGAUAGAUUUCAUUUCAAAGAACACAUUAUUUUUUUACAAAAUUAUAUAUAAACAAUUGAAAUUGUUAAAGUAUAAUAAA